AUGGCAGACGCAACUGACGCGCCCGCUGCGGCGCCUCCGGCAGCUGGAGGCGCCGCAGGGCCUGCAAUUGCCCUCGGAAACAUUCGAGGUUUCGGGAGAAACGACAUGGGGCUCUUCAAGAUGAGUGGAGAUUUGUUCGGUUGGAAGAAUCGGAAGACCGGUAGCGUUCACCAGUACAAAGCUGCGGAUAUUGUCCGCGCUUCGUGGGUCAUGACGGGCGCCGACGCUUACCAGCUUCGCAUUCUCCUCGGCCCGCACAAAAACGAUCUCAUGGUGCGGUUUGAUGGAUUUCACGAAAAGAAUUUCGCAGAUCUCAGUCGGCACUUUGAGACACACUUCAAAGUUAAGCUCCAGAGAGCCCUCCAAGCUCACCGAGGCUGGCACUGGGGAGACGUCAAAAUGGAAGGCAACAAUCUGCAGCUGACGUUGGACGGCUGUCCAGCGUUCGACAUCCACGCGCAGGAAAUCGCGCAGGUGACGACGCCGUCGAAAAACGACUUGGCCAUCGAACUGAUUCAAGACGACACUCGAGAUCAACAAGAAGACCAACUCCUCGAGGUUCGCUUCUACCAACCCUUUGCAGGCGACGACGACGCGGAGGGCCCUCUGCAACAGUUGAAGCAGAAACUAGUCAAGAAGAGCGGCGUGGCAGAGACCAAGAUGGACAGCGUGGCGUUGCUGAACGAUGUGCCUCUCCUCGUGCCCCGUGGACGCUACGAGAUUGACAUUGGACGAAGAGCUCUCAAGUUCCAUGGAAAGUCCUACGACUACACGAUUCAGUACACCAGCAUCAACAGAAUGUUUCUUGUCCCCCGACCGAACUCGCCUCACGUCAACUUUAUUCUCUCGCUGGAGAACGCCAUGCGCCAAGGACAGACUUCGUAUCCUUUCGUCGUCAUGCAGUUCGACAGCGAGAGUGUGCACAGCGUCGAAGUGAAUCUCGAGGCCGCAGAGCUCCAACAGCGUGGCCUUGAAAAACUCAUUGAAGGGAAGACCUUCCACGUGGUCACGAGGCUGUUUCGCGCCUUGGUGGGCAAGAGCGUGAUUGUCCCUGGAGACUUCAAGAGUGUGAAGCAGCAAUUCGGUAUCGCAUGCAGCUACCGCGCGCAGUCUGGGCACCUCUACCCUCUCAAUCGGUCCUUCCUCUUCAUCGUCAAACCCGUCAUCUUCGUCAGAUACGACGACGUGGUGAGCGUCGAAUUCAGCCGCACCGGCGCGAGUACCACGAAUCGUUUUUUCGCGUUCACGGUCUCUGUUCGAGGAGGCGGCGAAUUCGAGUUCACUUCCAUCGACAGAAACGAGUACAAGCCCCUCGUGGACUUUUUGGUUGAGAAGGGUAUUCGCAUCAAGAACAUGGAGACGCCGGAGCCGUCGCGUGGCGGCGCUCUGGAGGCCGCGGAUUUGCCUUCGGACGACGAGGACGACGACGAUUACGACGAAGACGGCUCGGAUUCAGAGGACGAAGAUUUCCAGGAGGACGAUGAUGAUGAUGAAGACGACAACGCGAGCGAGUCACCGUCCGAGGAAGAGGAAGAGGAGACGAAGGAAUCGAAGAAACGGAAGAAGAAGGAAAAGAAAUCGAAGAAGGAGAAGAAGCGGAAGAAGGAGAGAGACUGA